GGUGCAGCGUGGGUUCGCGCCAGCGCAGUGCCCCGCUGCCCCAGGCCUUGCGGGGGCUGCUCUCCCCUCGCAGGGAGGCCUGGCCCUAGGGGAGCGGGGCAGGGGAGCCGGCUCAGUUGGCUGUUUGCCCUUGCAGGGCUGGUCCCAGUCCCUUGGGCGGAGUCCCGCAGGGGCGGUAGCAGCGACACGCGCCGAUGAAAGCUGCCUGCUGCGUGCUGUUGCUGUCCCUGUUGAUGGUGCUACUGCUCCGAACCGUGUAUCAGCGUCUCUUCUCCAUGGCGGCUGAAGCCUAUACCCCAGGGAGCCUGUCAGCUGCCUUCGUCACCUGCCCCAAUGAAAAAGUGGGCAAGGAGAUUGCAAGGAUGAUGGUAGAGAAGCACCUGGCUGCCUGUGUCAACAUCAUGCCUCAGAUCACAUCCAUAUACGAGUGGAAGGGGAAGAUCGAAGAGGACAGGGAGGUGCUGUUGAUGAUCAAAACCCGGAGUUCCCGGAUCCCAGCGCUGACCGAUUUUGUCCGGUCGGUGCACCCAUACGAAGUAGCAGAGGUGAUUGCACUUCCCAUCCAGCAGGGAAACGCACCAUAUCUGCAGUGGGUUGGGGAGACUGUGCCAGAGUGAGACCCCAUACCCCACAGCAGGGGACCAUCUGCCCCUACCCUGCUUCAAUCCCCCUGUACGGAGACACCACAGGAACAGGACUCACCCCAUGGAAUUUUUUUUUUUGCGGGGCGGGGGGAACCUGCAGCCAAUAAACUGCCCCCAACGCA